GCUCAUUCUUCACAACACCACCACUACCAGCAGUACCGACAUCCACCAAUCCCACACGACUGUAGAGUACUCUACAUCCACUAGACAGCACAUCACACAAUCCGCACGACAUCGCAAUGGCCCGCACCCCCACCCGCCCUGUCGCGCGCGCCCCCGAGUCCGACGAAGACGCAACCGAUUACAGCUCCAAUGACGACGAGUUCCCCACCUUGAAAGAGCUGCUGUUGAACGUCGAAACCCCCGCCAAGCGAAACGGCCCAAUUGUCAACGUCCGCAGCGCACCGGUGGCCCCAGCACCCGCCAGAAUUGCUCGUCCGUCGACAACGACGACGACGAAGGUUGUUACUAGUGUUAGACGUCCAGCAGACGUAGCGCCCCGCACAGUGCUCGCGAGUAACUUGAAGUCGAAGGAGAAAUGCAUUGUUCCCAAGCCGUCGGCGACGAAGGGGACAGCCACCAAGACUGCGGGCACGAGGCGCCCAAGUGUACCUGUAUCAAGUCGGAUUGACACCGCCACCGCCACCAUCGAUUCCGACUCUGGCUCCGAGGAGGAACAAAAGCCGUCACCGCCUAGGAGGAGAAGGUUGGUAAAGAAAGCGGACUUGGAGAAGGAGCUGCCUAAGAAGGCGGCACCGAAGAAGGAAAAGAAGAUGGAAUUCUCCAUGCCCGACGUGAAGACGGAGGGAGUUGAGUUUUUGGUUGGGGAGGGCUUCCUUUCUUCCGAUUCGGACUCGGACUCCAAGCCAUUCGUAACAGCCACAUCGACGAGGCAUGACGAUGUAAAGUCCUCCUAUGAAGAAGAGGUGAUUCAACGGACACCAGUGGCGAAGGUGGCGAAACCACAACGAUCGAGCAAGGCUCUAGGCUUAGAGGAUAUGUUUUCUAAGGCGUCAAUUUCGAAACCCACACCGAGGAGAAGAUUGGUGCAGAAGAAGUACCUCGAGCCAUCGUCCUCUUCUGCAAGUGAUAGUGAAACACUCCCGGAGCUACCCAGGUCGAAGCUACAGUCCAAGACCGCAGCUAUCAAAAAGAUGGCGAACAUCCCGUUCGUAUUGGAAGAUGUGUUUCCUUCGGCCUCGGGGGACGAAGAAUCGGAUGAGCCCGUGGGUGGUAUGAAUUACCCCAAUUCGCCGGAACCCAAGACUCCCAAGCCUGGUAAUCGGUCGAGGGCGCCAGAGAAGAAGCAGCCCGUAUCUACCUUUGGUCGGAAGUAUAGUGGAGGGCCUUCCGGGGACACUCUAAACAAAUAUAGAACCCCACGGAAAAGAUCGAAUCCAGAGGUCAUCGAGAUAAGCUCGGAUUCGGAAUCGGAGGCCGAAGGCCCUAACGAGGACAGCGAUAUUUACGAGUCCGAAGAUGACUGGAUUGUGGAAGAUGGAGGUAGGUAUGGAGGAUACAAGAGGCCCAAGACUCCGAAAGAUACGACGACGGUCGUGGAGUACCUUCAAGAUGACGAUGGAGGAUACAACCGGUAUAAGGUUAGGAAAACUGAGACGGCGGUUCAGGAGUACUUCCAAGACCAAGACGAAGCCGACGAACAAAUUUUCGCUGAAAUUGCCGACGCUGAAAGCGCCGACACCAACUCCAAUGAUGAUAGUGACAUUACCGACGGCAACGGAGACAGCGCUAGCAGCCAAGGCUACGGAAGCUACGACAGUGGCGAAGUACCCAAAACGCCGAGGACCGUGACGAAGCCCAAGGCAGCAAAGACUGUAGGGAAGUCUAAUUUCGCAGCAAAGAGAGAAUUCGAGGCCAAGAAGGAAGCAUUGGCCGAGUCGUUCGUUCGGAAGCUCGAUCGGAUGAUCUGUGAUGGUGCCGUCGGGAAGUUUCACGAAAGUCGGGGCGGCAUCAGGGUGGAGUGGAAUCCCAAGCUUCGGACCACCGCCGGGCGGGCAAGGCUGAGCAAGGGAAUCAUCGAACUAUCAACCAAAGUGAUCACCGAUGAGGCGAGGUUGUACAAUACCACUGCUCACGAAUUUUGCCAUCUUGCGGUUUGGGCCGUAGACAACAGCAAGACCGACCACCACGGUCCUCUGUUCAAAAGAUGGGGUGCACUGGUUGGCAGAAAGUUCAGUGACCUCGGCAUUACGGUUACCCGAUGCCAUUCCUACGAGAUCGAGUAUAAGUAUCACCUUAGCUGCCAGACGGAGCACUGUUCGUACGUCUGGAAGCAGCAGUCCAAACCCAAGGAUGUCGGACGCAUGAGGUGCCCGCGGUGUCGACUGGGCGUCUUACUCCAAACAAAGCCUGUCCUCCGCGAUCCGAAGCCGCUGACAGAGUACCAAACCUUCACCAAGCAACACAUGGCUAGAAUCAAGCGCGAGAACCCUGGAUCCCCCCUGAAAGAGGUGAUGCGGAUGGUCGGGCGCGAGUGGGAAGCCUACAAGGCCGGAAAAACACCACUCAGAGCCAGCGAGGGGGGCUCUGUUGCUGCCUCUGGGGAGUGGUCGGAUUCGGAUACACAAACCAGGAGACAUCCGCUGGAAAGCAUGAUGGACUACUUGCAGUGCUUGAUGGCUCCUACUUCCGAAUUCACCAAGAUCGAGGGAUCCAAGCACCAAGGUUCUGGCAAGGUGAAGGCCAAAGGCCACUGUCAUCACUGA